AUGUCGGACGAGCAGAAGCCACAGGUUGAAGUCAACAACACCGAGGAGGUCGCCGCCGCAGCCGCACCAGAAGCUGCUCCGGAAUUGCCGAAGAGCGAGCCGCCAAGCGAUCAACCGGCGGUGGUCACUGAGGAGCCGAAGGCUGAGGGCGAUGCUGCCGCCGCCGCUGCUGCUGCUGAAGGCGAGGAGAAGAAGGAGAAGAAGUCGGGCGGUGGUGUCGCUCGUCGAUUCACCUUCAACAAACGCUGGGGAAAGCAUCGCGAUCAAUCGGAUGCGCCGAAAGAGCCGGAGGCGCCGAAAGACCCGAAGGAGGACGUGCUCGGAUGGAUCGCCCAGCAGAUUCCGCAAGCUGUCCACAAGGCCAACUACCAAGUGCUCGAUUGGGUUCAGAAGACGGCCAUCGAGAACGAGGCCGACCGCAAGCCGAUUCCCGGCAAAGAUCAAUCGACGACGCGCAAUCAGUUUUUGGCGUUUUUGCGCGACGGCGAUUUGUUGGUGAAGCUCGCCAACACACUUCAGAACGGAGCUGUUGAGCCGGCGACCGCCGAGGAGAACGCUGAUGCCGCCGCGCAAAAAGAGGUUCAGAAGAAGAACAUUGAUAGUUUCGCCGAAUGGGCGUCGAAGACGACCGGCAUCGAGAAUCUCAUGAAGAGCGAAGAUCUUCUCGAGAAGGGCAAAGCCGGCUAUCAGGCGGUCUUCCAGACGUUGUGGCAGCUUGGAAUUCAGGCGAAGGAGAAGUUCGACAAGGACGGAUUCGAUGUUGAGACGAUUGUCAAUCUUGCCAGUCAAGUGGUUAAGAGCAACAUUCUCACCACGAUUUUGGGAUUCUUCAGAAGAAACCGCCAGCCGGCCGCUGAAGCCGCCAAAGAAGGCGAGACGCCAGCUGGUGACGGCGAGAAGCCGGCCGAUGAGAACGCGGACGGUGGCAAUGGAAGCGAGGAGCCGGUGGCGGUGAAAGUGGAGACGAGCGCGCCGGCCGCUGUCGCCGCCAACUAG